AUGGGUCACAGUGUAAGAGACCGUGAAAUGAUUAAGGUGAAAGAGGAAUUUGAAUCAAAAUUAAGUAAAGAAGCCAACAAUGAUCAACACAACUUGUUGAGCAACAUGGUCGACGCCAGGGCUUGCUAUAAACCCAGCGAAAGAUCAUGGUUUCGCGGAGUACGGAGUAGCAAAUUCCGACAUGUGUAUGGCCUACCGGCGAAACGGGAUAAAUGCUACGACAAUAUAAAAAUCACUAAAAAUGCUCAUGACUCACAAUUUUGUGCAGUCAAUCCAAAAUUCCUGGCUAUUGUCACAGAAGUAGCUGGUGGUGGUGCAUUUCUUGUAAUUCCUCUUGACAAUACAGGACGAUUGGAUUUUAAUGCAAAUAGAGUAACUGGACAUACAGGUCCUGUUUUGGAUAUUAAGUGGAAUCCAUUUAAUGAUAAUGUCAUCGCAUCAUGUUCCGAUGAUUGUACGGUCAAGCUAUGGCAUAUACCUGACGGUGGUCUUUCAAGGAAUCUCAAUGAGUGGCUAGUUGAACUACAGGGUCACAAGCGUCGUGUGGCCUACAUCGAAUGGCAUCCAGUCGCUGACAAUAUUCUAUUUAGCGCCGGGUUCGAUCACCUUGUCAUUGUAUGGGAUAUCAACCGCGGAGAAGCAAUAAAUAUUAUUGAUCGCCAUCCAGAUGUUAUUUACAGUAUGUCCUUAAAUAGGGAUGGUAGUUUAUUAGCUACUACCUGUAAAGACAAAAAGUUGCGAGUUUUUGAGCCACGUUCGGGCAUUGUUAUUUCCGAAGGAAUAUGUCAUGCAGGAACAAAAGCAAGUAAAGUUGUAUUUCUUGGCGGCUCUGGACGUCUUUUGACGACUGGAUUCAGUAGACACUCUGAUCGUCAGUACGCCGUUUGGAGUCAGCAUGAUUUGUCAAGUCCGCUUACGUGUGAAACGAUAGAUUCGUCAAGUGGAAUCGUAUUCCCAUUUUGUGAUAACGAUACUAACAUGGUUUAUCUUGCUGGCAAGGGAGACGGUAACAUAAGAUACUACGAAGUUGUAAAUGAAGCCCCUUGGUUACAUUACUUGAGUCAAUUUAUAUCGGGUAAUCCUCAGCGAGGACUGGGCGUAAUGCCAAAGCGAGGUAUUAACACAUCCACGUGUGAAGUAUUCAGGUUUUUUAAGUUACACGCUACUCGUGGUAUGUGCGAACCGAUUUCAAUGAUAGUACCAAGAAAAAGCGACCAAUUUCAAGAAGACUUGUACCCCGAUACAGUUGGGACAAUUCCCAGUUUGUCAGCAAAAGAUUGGAUCAGCGGAAUGAACAGUCCACCGAUUUUAAUAUCACUAAAAACUGGUGGAGGUAUCACAACUCAUAAACCGCGUGUUUAUAAACCAGCUCAAUUAACACCAGCGACAGAUACUAACACGAAAAAAAAAUUUGCAUUUUUAUCCACGGAAACAAUACCUGACUACAGAUCAAUAGAUCUUGAUAUUUCCGAGAAAAGUCAGAAAACAUCAAGUAAUCAGAGCACAAAAAUUCAUCAGCUGCAACAGAGAUUUGGUCAUGUGACUAUUCAGAACAAUAAUUCAUCGGACAAUAAAAUUUCCGAGUCUGUUGAUGUGCCGAAUAAUGAAGCUGAGCUCCGAUUAGCUUAUGUACGACAAAUGGAUGAAUUACGAUUGGUCAAGCGACAAUUAGCUAACAGUCAACUGCGUGUCAAAGAACUUGAAGAGCAGCUAAGAAAAUUGCAGAAUCACUGA